GACGAUGGUCACGUGUUUCCGUCUCGUCUAUAAACACGAUCAGCCCGGCAUCGAACCUCCGUCUGUUCAACCAGUCACGGAACCGGUUCGAUCUGAUCGAUCAGCUGUGAUCCCUCUGACAACAUGGAUCGAUCCUCUGGACCCGAACUGAUUCUGGUCUUCAGCGGGAAGAGGAAGUCCGGCAAAGACUACGUCACGGACCUGAUCCUGGACCGUUUGGGCUCCGCUGUCUGCGCCAUCCUGCGUUUGUCCGGACCCCUGAAGCAACAGUAUGCUAAGGAACAUGGUCUGGACCUGGAACAGCUGCUGGGUCCCGGUCCGUACAAGGAACGGUACCGUGCCGACAUGAUCUCCUGGGGAGAAGCCCGUCGGAACCACGAUCCUGGCUUCUUCUGUCGCCUGGCAACCAGAGAUGCCCAGCAACCAGUGUGGGUGGUGAGUGAUGCUCGGCGGCUGUCUGACCUUCAGUGGUUCGUGUCCGAGUUUCCUCGACAGACCCGCAGCGUCAGGGUUCAGUGUUCAGAGGAGACCAGGAAGCAGAGGGGGUGGAGCUUCACGGCAGGUGUGGAUGAUGCUGAGUCGGAGUGUGGGCUGGACAGUGGGGUUAAAUUUGAUUGGCUCAUCACCAACGAGGCCGACGCCCCCCCACUGGAUGAGCAGCUCUGGCCGAUCUUGAAGAUGGCAGAAGCAGCAACCUCACUUCGUCACAGCUGAUCUCUGACCAAUAAUAUUGAUAACUGCUGAACAUGCAGUCGAUCAAUCUCUGACAAACACUUUUAAUCAGAAGCUCUGAUCAUUAAAUCAAUACUUGCUGAUCAAAGUGAUCUCACCUGAACCGA